AAACCUUUAUCGAUCCUAAAGCCACCCCCAAGGCCUCAGCCGACUUCUAAAUCGAUUAUUUUGAAGCCUCUUGCUCCACCUAGCUUUUCCCCAUUUCUUCGAAAGGAAUCAUCGACUAGCUUGAAGCCUAUCUCAUCUUUUGCGAUAAAUCCCACAAAGGACGGUGCAGGUGUUGAGCUGCUCUCUCUUUUCCUCCAACAGCACGGACACAACUUUGUCACCCCAUUCGAACGCGAGAUGCAGCGCGGUAUUGGAUUGAGCCCUCGCAAAAACAAGAGCGCUAAAGGGAAGUUUAUAUGUGGUGGAAUGGCAGCGCGUGCGCAACACCUGAUGUCAGGUACAAAGACAGACUAUACCCUUUGGUGUCUACAGCUCAAACAGAAGCUCUCAUCCGCGACACCUGCCGCACCGACUCUAUCGUGUGAUUUGCGCCUACAUAUUCUCCGAGUACUACCCCUUCCCACAAAAACCCCUACCCCCACCCGUGUGCACAUCGCAGCAUGCCGCAUUUCAUCGCGCCACAGGUUCGCCAACAUAACAGAUUUGAGGGAUCAAUGUUAUGUCGUUCUUUUUCCAUACGUUGUCGAGCCCAGUCGUAAUUUUGAGGAAGGUAGGGAUGUCUUGGCCUGGAUGCCUUGGUACAAGGUUAUGCUCUCCACUGUCGUACCAAGGGAGGUAUUGGAAAGUCUUUCGGUUGAACCGUUGAUGCCCCCAAGAAGCGUCAUCAUAGUACCACGAUGGCACAUUAUGCAGGCAGACUGA